CGUGAUUGUCAGUCAGUGCUGUUUUGUGAGAGUAAUCAUCAACAUGAGCCAUCCUAAAGAUAGCAAACGUAAAUUUUAAGGAUUGGAAGUUCCAAAAAUACAGAAAUCGCAGUGCCUUCAAGAUGAAUGUUGCCGUUCUUUGCUCGCUUGUGAUAUGCUCCCAACUGGGCCAUGUGCGAACCCAAAAGUUCGAGUGUCCUGACAAGGACGGACUAUUUCCACAUCCACAACAAUGUGAUCGAUACUUUCAGUGUCAAAAUGGGGAAGCAAACCGCAUGUUGUGCCCCGAUGGGCUAGUAUUUGAUCCGGACAAGGUGGGAACCACCGAAGAUGCUUGUGAUCACAUUCAGAACACCAAGCAUAAAUGUGAGGGAAAGCCGGACUUGCAAAGACCAAAGCCAGGUGAUGGGUUUUGUCCCAGGCAAAAUGGAGUGUAUCCGAGCCCGGAUCCCACGGAGUGUGACAAAUUCUACUCAUGCUUAAAUGGCGUGGGCUCCGUGACUCAGUGUGCCAAUGGUCUACACUUUGACCCUGAGAUUGGAACCUGUGUUUGGGCUCGUGAGAGCUCGAGGAAGGGUUGCCUGAGCGUGUCGGAACGUGAUCAGCAAAAAGUUCAAGCCACCCCUCAAGUUUCAACCGAGGGUCCCGCCGAGGCAUUAAGCAACGGGUUCACUUGCCCCGGCGGUAAGCUAGGAAUUCAUAUUUCUCUUCCUCAUCCCAAUUCAUGUCAUUUGUACUAUGUCUGCCAAAAUGGGGUGACACCAAGUGAGGCGGGGUGUGGGAAUAACUUGGUAUUUAACCCUCAGACUGCCCGAUGCGAUGAUCCCGAAAAUGUGCCAGGAUGUGAAAAUACCUUCAAAAAGAAUAAACCGAAGCGACAGAGCGCUUUGCCUCGCAGCCAAGGGAGACAGCGCUCAGAAUCUAGUCGCGAGGAACAGGAGAGUGGAUUGGAUGUGGCCCAAUUUGCAAAGUUCAUCGAGAUCCUCACCAAUCCCAAAGUUAAAAGUAUCCUCAAGCCCGAGGUAGCAGAUGCUCUAAGUUCAUUCCAAAGAGAUACUGAGGAAGAUGAUGUCGCCACUGCCAGACCUCAAAGGCGUCGGAAACGACCUCGACGACCUUUCAUCAACCCUCCAAGCACAAGAUUGGACGGCGAAGCUCGAGGCAACGACCAAAUCAACGAUCGAGAGGAAGAUGAUCGUUUUGCCAAUACCGGUAGUCAGAGUGGUAACGAUAGCGAUGAUAAUGACAAUGAUGAUGACAUUAACUCCGAUGAAGUGGAACCGGUAGACUCGGGCAAUUCCAAGGAUACUAGAAGAAUCCCCUUCAAUAGAAAGAAUAAGUUCACGUCUCGAUUCAUUCCGAGAGUGAGACCAACGCAAAGAGAAAACGAAAUUCAAGAAAGGAAAGAAGAUCAAGAUCAAGAACGAGAAGAUAAAGAAGAGGCCGAAGAGGCUAUUCCUGAUAAUCAAGAGGAAAGAGAGAAAGAAAAAGCAGAAGAUAAUGAUGAUCAACAAUCUGAAUCGGAUGUUGACGACAACCGAACCUCUUUACCGGGAAAAAGAUUCUCACUUCGUCGGCCUUUUGGGGCGGGGAGAAGACCGGGGUUUCCUUUUCGGAGACGAAAUCAAGAUGGCACCCUGAGAGGAAGAAAUUCUCAAUCAAAAGAAGAGAGGGACGACGAAGCCAACGACGAAAAGCAAGAUCAAGAGCAGCCAGAAAAUACCGAUGAAUCUCAACGAGGAAGUGGAACUUUGCCGGAAAAAGAAGAUGAUAUGAAAAAGAUUGCCGCGAUGGGAGAGCAACUCUUGAGAAGCUUAGCAAGGCCGCGAAGCAGACCCGCGCGGGUUCGCAAUCAGAGACCGCAAGUGGAACAGAUUGCGGAACUGCUUAACGAGGAGGAGCAUGGAGAAUUUCAAGAAGAUUUUGGAGACUUUUUGGAAGAAUUCAAGAAGAAGAAAAAAGAAGAAAAUAAUUUUAGAAACCGAUUCCAGCGCCCAAGGUCACGGGUAAGGAGUCGACCAACGACAUCAACAACAACAACAACAACAACAACUCCCACUACCACCACUACUACUACCACCACCACAACAACAACUACUACCACUACUACGACCACGACUACGACCACCACAACGACAACAACAACAACAACUACUACUACUACUACUACUUCGACCACAACAGCAACAACCCGAAGUGCAUUCUUUGGAACAACACCAAAUCCCCCCUUUAACGUUGCACCCCCACAAAGAUUUCAAACCUUCAUCCCGACUCCAAGACCAGUGGAAUCGUUGCCCACGAAAAGCACUGGCCAGGACGAAGGUCCGUUCGAAUAUGUUUAUUAUUAUGAGUAUGAGUAUGAUGACGAUGAACAACAGCAGCAACAACAACAACAGCAACAACAACGUGGGGCAUCGGCCAGCCCACAACCUGCUUUUGUUGGCCCAAGUCCAAACCCGAACUUUGACAAUUCGAGAUCCCGCCAAUUGUCUUCCACGAGUAACAGAGUCCCGCUCCCACAAGCGGGGCCAUCCAAAAAUCUAGGAAGGGGAACUCAAGCACCGAUUGCUCGUGCUCCGUUGACUCCUAACCGAGACUUGGGUCGAGACCGAGAGACGGUUAGAUCUCUCAAUCGAUCCCCAGUGACGAAACCGCCAAACUCUAGAUCUCGUGCAAGAUUGCCAUCCUCGCCAUCCUUUCCCUCCGUUGAAGUUGACGACCAAAAUUCCCCUGAGCGAACUUUUGAGCGAACCUUUGACCGAACUCCUGAUCGAACCCCUGAACGCAUCCCGGAUCGAACCCCGGAUCGAACCCUAGAUCGAAACUCUGAUCGAACUCCUGAGCGAACACCCGACCGCCAGUCAUCUAAUUUACGACCAUCGCCCCCAAAGCUGACAAUUGCCGGAAAGCCAACUCCUUUGCCUGUGAGCGUGCCACAAUUAGAAGGUGACGCUAGGUUCCCUCAUUUUACAUCCUUCUCGGCCACUGGUGAAGCGACAGAAGAGCCUCAAACGACACAAGAAGAUGAAAACAUCUUGAAACGACCCGCCGAGUUGCCUUUCCAAUCAUCUCCGACACGGUCUCGUCAACCCGCUAGAAGGCCACCCGCGCUUGAAUUUGACGAGCCAUCCACGGAGACCACCGCCCCAGUCACUCGAGUGGCUGAAGGGGAUCGCGGACGCAAACCAAUUGAAGCUGACCACAGCACACCUUUUGAUGCCCGUCCAACUUUUACUUCGGACUCUGCCAGUCGAGCUCGCGGAAACCCACCCUUGGCGCCAGCGUCCAAUGAACCCUUCACGGCCUUCCAAAACUUCCCUGCCUUUCCUCGGGGUGUUGACAAUGAACAACAAAGAACAGAAAACGGUCCUCCGCCCAGAGUGGAACAGCGUGGUCCCCCUUUGAAGCCCUUCCAGUCUGAGCCUGAGCGGGAAGGCGAAAGACAACAACAACAGCAAAGGCAACAGGAGCAACAACAGCAGCAACAGCAACAACGGCAACCACCACCACCACCACCACCACCACAACAACAACAACAACAACAACGAAGGCCAACUCCUGCACCACCGUCGGCCGUACGGCCAGUUCAAAAUAACUUUGCAUCGUUUACAAACUUCCCAAAUGCCGUGCCUGAUCCUGUUCCCCGAGCUCAACCAUCGUCCCAAAGACAGUCUCCUCAAACAACAGCGGUCAAUCAGAGACCACCUUCUCAGUUUUCUUCCGUAAGUAACACGGUGUUUCAUGACCCAGGAUCCCAAUCAAGCUCUUUCUUCAACUUUCAACGGCCUGAAUUUCAAGCACAACCAGCAGUACCGCAACAACGCCAACAGCCGCAACCUCCCACUAGUGAUCCCAACACCGCGGCACGUUUUCAAGGACAGCCCACAUUCCAAACCUUUUCAGCCUUUCCCCAGCCAGCUCGCUUCGAAGCCAGACCAAGCCCCCAAUCUGGUUCAUCCUUCACCUUGACUCCCUCUCAAUCUCAGCAAUCGAAUUCGUUCUUCUCAAUCUUCAAUCCAGCUGCGUUUUCAUCGCCCAACGUUAGGUCCCAACGUGCCAUACCCAACAGUGUCCAAGAGCCGAAUGAAGAGCGAAAUGAGGCCAAGAUCUCUCCUCCAGCCAAUUAUCAACGGGUUGAAUUCAAUUUCCCCACUCCAGAGUUCGGUGGAUUUGUCCCUGUGGAUCGCACUGAACGCAUGGAUAAGAUUUUUUGGCAGGAGCGAGAUAUCCCAACCGAUUCUUCAGAUCGCCUUCAGCGAGAAAUCAAAUCUCCACCCACACAGUACCAGACAUAUAGCUAUCAAUCGUCUUUGCCUAGAGAUGUAUCUGUGGCAGGAACGAUUCGAUCUCGGUCCUCCAGAUCAAUAGGAGAUGCUCGUCGUCGUCGUCAAAUGAGAAAAAGACUCUAAGCAACGUUGUUGUUGAGGAGUAAUACCGUGACAUUUCGAGCAAGGACAAGGCGUCUUUUGCCAGCUCCGACUUUGUCGCUCGUUGGCGAGGGUCGCUUCAUUUCAGUCAAGGACACUCACCAAUGCUGCCACAGUAGUAACUGCAGUACUUCUACUCUUGCCGCCGAUUCCCUUUUUACCGUCUGCCGAUUUAUGAAACCUUCGCCAUGUUGAACUAUUCCAAGUAUGAUUUUCCUCAGCCAUGAACCUCAAGCAAAACUGUCUCAGUCAACCCUUCUAAUGGACCCUGUCCUUGAAUUCUGUUCAAAGGCUUCUUUGGAGCCAUCAGUGAGCGUGCUUGAACUUUUGUUGCCUCUAUCUACGUUACAUGUACUACUCAUUGGUUCGUGGCGGGCUGAUCAAUCCAGAUCUUGUCUGCUCAUAUAGCAAUUUUCUGUGUGAUUUCAUGGGCAUCUAUUCUCCCAUUAACUCAAGUGCAUCGAGUGUCCAGCCUCUUCAGCUCGAAUCCGUAUCUCCAUUCAAUACGUUUAAGCGUGAUCGAUGAUCAAAUGAUCCCUUUCAUGGACAAAUCAAGCCACCGAUAAACUGCUCCUGCCAUCAGCAGCACGCACCACUGCGGCCACCACCGCCAUUGCUCCCAACAACAACAACAACAACAACAGUUCAUACCACAACCCACAACCAUAAUUUUGCUGUUGUUACUGCUGUUGCUGCUGCUACUGCUGCUGCUGCUGGUGUUGUUGCUAAUGCAGAAGCAGCAAUAGUAGUUGAUGUGAGUGCCUCUCAACUAGUAUUGCUAGGAAUCCAAUUCUAGUCUCUUUUGCGGCGAGAAGUUGAAGAUCGAGAUAUUCUGAAUUGUGGCUCAAAGAUGACGACGUUGAAAACUUCCCCGCCCCCACCACCAUUCUACCCUCUUCUAUUAAGAUAUCCAGGUACUACACAUGCACUAGCUAGUGGCACCACAAGCCAAUGCCAAGAACACCACUCUUCCCAGUGGUUGAACCACCUUCAGUGUAUUAUGAUUCCUCAUGAAUGGAUUACUUAAAAUCUUGCCUCUGGCCUUCCUUCCUCCCUCCUUACUUCCUUCAGUUAUCCACUGAGUCAGGAAUUAGGAACACUCACUCCAAGUUUCCGCAUGAACUCAACGGCAAAAAUAAAGUCAUGACGAGAGCAAUGAAGAAGAUGUAAACGAAACGAGAGGAGAUGGAUGAAAACAACAUCAUCUCCAUAACCACUACAAACAACAAGAGCACGCAAAUAUUUCGGGCCUUGCAUUUCAGGAGACGAAGAAAUGCCUCUAACAACUAUUUUCGUCUUUACUGAAGGAUGCAUUGAAGUGAUUCCAAGCUGAUCCCAAAUGAUUGAUUUCACGCUGGGUACGUUGCACUUCGCCUACGUAUUUGGACCGAGUCUAGAUGAAGCUGAAGAUAUUGAUGACUUGUUCCAAGGGAAUUUCCUUCUCUCUUCCCAUUCAAACAUUUUUGAGGCUGUGCAACCACUGACGUCAACAAAAGAGAGAUGCAAAAUCAUUCAUUCCUUAUUACUAGUAUGUGUACUCAAUGUUCAGAAGUUCCCAAUGUUGAUCGAAACGAAGACCUUUUUUCCUGUGAUACGUGUGGCCUCCGUCGACCAAUUUAGGACUCUGACGCAUCCUCCAAAUGUGAAUUCUACUAUUUCACGAGUGUGUAUGACUGCUUAUGUGUGAACGUGUGAGUGCGGCUAUGUGUAUACGUGCCAGUGAUUGUGCUUCUUCAUGACGACUCUGUGUGGGUGUGCCUGCGUUUGUGUAUGUGUGUACAGGGCGUAUGUGAGCCUACCUUCUCCCUAUUUAGAAGAUUCUUCCAGUCGAGCGAAACCAAGGCGACCCUGGAGCGAAAUCUCUGACAAAAUUGGAAAGAUUGAACUUUAGUUUUUGUACCCUUCAAAUAUCAUCCAUGUAAGGACGAAGCAAUCGAAUACAUUAUGAUGAUCUAAGAAUGA